AUGGGGGUCGGUGGGUGCUUGGCCCUGCCCUGGAGGUGCCUGGUCGUCCUCUGUCUCAGGCUGCUCUUCCUUGUGCCCGCAGGAGUGCCCGUGCGCAGCGGAGAUGCCACCUUCCCCAAAGCCAUGGACAACGUGACAGUGCGGCAAGGGGAGAGCGCCACGCUCAGGUGUACUGUGGAUGACCGGGUCACGCGGGUAGCGUGGCUGAACCGCAGCACCAUCCUGUAUGCCGGCAAUGACAAGUGGUCUAUAGACAACCGUGUGGUCAUCCUGUCCAACACCGAGACCCAGUACAGCAUCAAGAUCCACAACGUGGACAUUUACGAUGAGGGGCCCUACACCUGCUCUGUGCAGACAGACAGUCACCCCAAGACUUCACGUGUCCAUCUCAUCGUGCAAGUGCCCCCCCAGAUUGUCAACAUCUCGUCGGACAUCACCGUGAACGAGGGCAGCAGCGUGACCCUCAUGUGCCUGGCCUUUGGGAGACCGGAGCCCACCGUGACGUGGCGACACCUCUCCGGGAAAGGGCAGACCUUUGUGAGUGAGGACGAGUACCUGGAGAUCACAGGGAUCACGCGGGAGCAGUCCGGGGAGUACGAAUGCAGCGCCGUCAACGACGUGGCCGUCCCGGACGUGCGGAAAGUCAAAGUUACCGUCAACUACCCACCGUACAUCUCCAACGCCAAGAACACGGGUGCCUCGGUGGGCCAGAAGGGCAUCCUGCAGUGCGAGGCUUCGGCCGUCCCCGUGGCGGAGUUUCAGUGGUUCAAGGAGGACACCAGGUUAGCAAACGGGCUGGAGGGGGUGAGGAUCGAGAGCAAGGGCCGCCUGUCCACGCUGACCUUCUUCAACGUCUCGGAGAAGGACUAUGGCAACUACACGUGCGUGGCCACGAACAAGCUGGGCAACACCAACGCCAGCAUCAUCCUCUAUGGGCCCGGAGCGGUGCACGACGGCGGCAACGCGGCGUCCCGGGUGGCUGCCGGCCUCUGCCUCUGGGCCACCCUCCUCGCUCGCCUCCUCCUCGACUUUUGA